AUGUCUAUUGUGCAAUCUGAAGUGGCAGCUCUCGAGCCCACUUAUCCGAGCUGGGUAAAAUCAGUCCUCGAAACCGCCAUACCGACUACUUGGGAGGAGGAACUGGUGAACAACCCUGUGUUUGCUAAUUCCGAGAUGAAUGCAGAGAAAUCGGGUAUUAUGCCGGGAUGGUAUUCCAGUUUGCCCAGUGAUGUGAAGUACAUCCUGACCAGCGAUGAAGCGGUAUUCGCCUCUGAGAUGGCCACAAUCAAGUGGCCUUCCGUCGCUACCUCUACAUUCACAGCCACAGCUGGCUCAGCGACUCAAACCACCGGUUCAUCCAUCACAUCAUCAUCGUCGUCGUCGUCGACUAUUAGCACUACUGCAUCCGGGUCUACUGCCACUAAAUCGACGACCCCUGAAACUUCUACUUCUACUUCUACUGGUGGCGCACCCGCCGCUACUAGGGGCUUUGUCAUGGGUAUCGUGGGUGCUGCUGGUAUCCUUGGCCUUACGGCUCUUCUGUAA